GAAGUAAUAUAUCAUUUGUUAGUUAGUUAAAGAUGUCUGAAUACGACUUUGUUUCAUCAAGUUCUCUAAGGCUUAAACGGGAUGAUGGCUGUGUCAAAAAGAAGAAGAAGAAAAAGGAGAAACAUGACAGGAAGAUAUUGGAACAAGUAUCAAAGAUGAACACAAACACAGAACAUGAGGAAAAAAAUACUAUGAAGCAGAUUAAAUUGACAAAGGCUGAAAAAGCAUUUCGAAAGAUGCAAGAAAAACGGCAAAUGGAACGUAUUCUGGAGAAGGCCUCUAAAUCACACAAGCAAAGGGUUGAGGAAUUCAACAGACAUCUAGAUUCACUCACUGAACACUAUGACAUCCCUAAAGUCAGCUGGACGAAGUGAAUACUUAAGACUAUUACAGCUGCUGAUGUAAUUUUGUACCUUAUAAUAAGAGACAAACAUAUUGAUGUUUUA